AUGCUGAAUGAACUACACUCAGAUGAAAUGCUGCAUACACUACAGCAGCCUGUAUUGAAAAUCCCUACAUCUUCACCUUUAUGGCUUAAAUACUUACGAUUAAUCAGUUCACUAUUGGCUGAUUGUUUUCAUAUAACUUGUACAAUAAACAGUAUAAAACAGUUAUCGUGUCAUCAUCAUCAUCAAUCAACUGAGCUAUACAGCAGAAACUCAAUUCGGCACUUGGCAUUUAUACCGGUGCUUCAAAUUGAUAAUGUCAAUCAUUUAUUUCAAACACCAUUAUCCGAAGAAUUUUCCGCCUUUCAUCCAGCUGUAGAUAUUCUUCGUAGGAUUUGUGAUAAAACUACUGCAACUGAAAAGCUUCUAAUUAUUUAUCAGACAUUUGCUACUGUGGAUCAGAUUAUCAGUAAAAGUAAGCCUUGCCGGAAUCGUGUUCCAACAUCGCUGGAUGAGGUGGGGAAUUGUAGAAAUCCAUCAAUAUGCUCAGUGGAUACUUUGUCUCACUUGCUGCCUGGACUUGAUCAAUUAUUGCUGAUUAUUCAAUUUGUUGUCAUCUGGGUUGGUGUUAUGUACCUGGGCGCUGAACUAGCGUAUAUUGAACAACUGUCACCGGAACACUUAUCGCUUAUUGGUGGUGGUCUCCUACCCUAUCUAAUGACUACACUGCAAGCGUGUUAUGAUCAAAUUCUUCGAGAAGGUUUACAAUUCACAAUUCAAUUUUGAUGGCGAUAUCUUAUAUUUUUAUAUUUUAGUUUUUAGUUGUGUGUGUGUGUGAAUUAAUUGAGGAGGUAGGUAGGUAGGUGACUAACUUAGAUUUUUUCACGAUUAUUUCAUUGUAGAUGAUUUCUGCUAAUAUUGUUUGUUUUUGAAACAGAGAAGCAAUCCUAUGCCUUUUUUCCCUCCUAUUUACACUGACUUAUUUUUGAGUAGUGAUCAUUAUUUUGCAAACAUACUAGUACAUGCAUGCAUAGACACGCACGCACGCACGCACUCACUCACUCACGCACCCACUCACGCAUACAUGCAGCAGUUCCAACACCUGUAAUUUCUUUUCAUACAUUUUUGUUGUAUUUUUAUUCUCGUAUUUCUGUUUCUCCACCCCCCUCCACCACCACCACCACCAACUUAACGAUAACCACCGGGAUUCUUUCAAAUACUGUCUAUUUCUACUGUUUGUAUUAACACGACAUUCUGUAAUAUUCAUUUGUGACUGUUUUCCACCAUAUUGGAUACUUUGUUAAAAUUCCAAUUGUAAUGUACUUAAGAGUAUUGAAUUGUUUUGUAUAUUAAAGCUAGUGAUUGGCUGUGAUUGCUGCUUCUUAAUAUCAUUUUUGUUUAUAUAUAGUUUAUAUUAUUUAACUAUCUAUCAUCUAGCUAGCUGUUCGUCACAAUGAGAAUCAGUACCAUACCAUACAAGCAGGUAUUGUUAAAAACCAAUCUAAAUAAACGUGAUAUUAUUUAACAGAAACAUUUGUUUUUUUUCAACUCUCACAGAGUACCUACCUGCCACAUAGCAUCGUGUUGUUGAAGGUGGCAAGAGAUAGAUACUAGUGCCAACUUAUCCUUGCUAAGCUGCUAGCUCAUGAUGCUGUUUGUUGUCCAUACCUGAUGUUUCUUUUGUAUCUAUCUCUUAAUGGUUGUUAUUCAUUGUGUUGUGUUUUCCUCUUUUUGUUUUGUAUCGUUAUAGUGAAGGGGACUGACUGUCUUUGA